UUCCGAGCGGACCGUGGGGCCGCCAUGUCGGUGUGCGGUAUCUGCGGACAGGUGCUGCCCUCGGAAGCGGCGGCGCGGCGUCACGCGAAUCGCGCCCACCCGGACCGACGGCCUCGCUGCCCGUUCUGCAGCGCCGCCGCCUCGGGCUACGAGGAGCUGCGCCGGCACGUGGAGGCCGCGCACCCGGAGCCCCAGCCGCUGCCCGGCAGCCCCGAGCUCGAGUGCCCUUUCUGCGGGGAGGCGGCGGGGCGCCAGCUGGAAGCGCACGUCAGGGCGCGGCACGGGCGGUUGCUCGGCGCAGACACAGAGAAUGUUGAACAGCUAUAUGAAUGUCCAAUAUGUGGUCUUACCUGUACAAACAUUCAGAUUCUCGAGGAACAUGUGGAUUUACACUUAGAGGAACACAGCUGUCCAGAAGGUGGAGGCAGUGGAGAUUUAGAACUGGCUCAGCGGCUUCAAACAGAAGAAGAUAAACAGCAGAGACUUGAAGAAGAGAAGAGAGAGAAGGAAGAAUUUAAAAAGCUACAGAGACAGUAUGGCUUGGAUGGUUCUGGAGGCUACAAGAAGCAAUUCCUGAAUAAUAUGGAAAGAGAAGUUAAUAGAGGAAGGAUGCAGCCCUUUGAGUAUCACAAGAGAAAAGCUGACAUGAUGGAAUGUUUGGCUUUUGGCAUAGAUGAUGGGAAAACAAAAACCUCAGGAAUCACUGAGGUACUGUGCAAGUACUACCAGAAUGAAAACAAAGAUGUGAGGCGUGUAUGGCUUUCAGCAGGAGUAGAUCACUUCCAGUCAUCUUUGGGUGACAAAGGCUGGGGUUGUGGUUACAGGAAUUUCCAAAUGCUCCUUUCCUCACUCUUGAAAAACAGCUUGUAUAAUGACUGCUUGAGAGAUACUGCACUGAUUCCUAGCAUACCAAAGAUUCAGUCCAUGAUCGAAGAUGCUUGGAAAGAAGGCUUUGAUCCUCAUGGAGCAUCUCACUUCAACAAUCGAUUAUGUGGUUCCAAGGCAUGGAUAGGAGCAUGUGAAAUUUAUUCGCUGUUAACCAGUCUCAGGAUAAAGUGCCAAAUUAUUGACUUUCACAAACCAACUGGUCCCACAGGUACACACCCUCGUUUAUUUGAGUGGAUUUUACAUUACUAUUCUACAGAUAAUGAAGGUACUGCAAAGGUAGUGUGCACUUCCAGGCCACCUAUCUACUUGCAACAUCAAGGUCACAGCCGUACUGUUGUAGGCAUAGAAGAAAAGAAGAAUAAAGCCUUAUGUUUGCUGCUGUUUGAUCCUGGAUGUCCUUCUCAAGAAAUGCAGAAACUGCUAAAACUAAACAGUGAUGGCACUAGUCUCAAACUACUUCGAAAGUUUAUGGGUAGCUUAAAAGAAAAACAAUACCAGAUUGUUGCUGUAGAUGGCAUCCUCACAUUGGAAGAGAAAACUGCUCGCUGUCUGGCUUCUCGGGUUUUAACAUCAGAGAAGAUUCCUUAAAGGACAUCUUAUCUACCUCUUUCUGAAAUCUGCUGAAUACAAGACAUUGAACUGGUCAUAUUAGCUUAACAAUUUUUACACUUAAGUUAUGUCUAGGAGCUUGGAGAAGCACAACAUCAGACUUAAGCCUGUAAUUUUAAUCUUCAGUCAAAACACUUCCCUCCAGGCAAAGUGCAACUCUUCAGCGUUAGCUUCUUAGGCUAGCAGAAAAUUGGGUAUUUUCUUAGUUGCUUAAAUUACAAAGUAACAUCCACUGCCGUGUAGCAAGCUAUGCACUAUAGUUAAUUAUCAAUAAGCAGUGGGUAAAAAUACUGUGAAACUACUUUUUUUUUUUUUUUUUGGAGUGCCUGGUCAACUUUAUCUCUGUAAGUACAUUUAUACUUGCUAUAUGGCUAAUGUUCCAUCUCUUGUAAAAUUUGAUUAACAAGUCUCUUUUGUAUCUCAGCAGCUUCUCCAGCAACUGUUUGUUAAGUACAGAAACAGUUCAGUGUUUUCACGUGGCAUGAUCUAUUCCAGCGGGGAUUCAUUUACUACUGCAUUUCUUUUUAAUCAUUUGCCUUCUCUUGGUGCACCCCUUGCUAACAAAAGCGUGCUUGUGAGGUGGGUCAUUGUUAGCAUGGGGCAGGAGGAAGCAGUGGUGUACAAAGUGAAGAUUGUUUGCUCCAGGAGUGCAUAUGAGACAAACCAUUGGGAUGUGGAAAGAAAAUAUUUUGUAUUAUGAAUAAAUAUUUUUUUUAAUUAAGAUGUUGCUCUGAUAAUAGUUUUAAAAAAUCAUGCCUCCAGGGCAUCUUCUGUCCUAUCAGACUUCAUUUUGCACAGUACCUGCCUGCAACUUCUGCAACAUAUAAAACCAAAAGGAUACAAUGAGUCCUGCCUGCAUCAUCCUUUGAAAGCUCCUUGCAAGUCUCUAAUGUCAGGCAUGGACUUAAAAAAAAAAGUCUUUCUUUUCCUCCCUUAACAAGCAUUUAACUCUCAAUGUUCUUUACCAGUGUUGUGGUUUAUCAUCAUUGGGCAGGUAGUUGAGCACCUCACAGCUGCUCCUGUUCACUUGCCCCACAGGUGCCUGGGGAGGAACUGGAAAGGUAAAAGCAGGAAAACUCAUGGUUUGAGAUAAAACCAGUUUACUAGACAAAGCAAAAGCUGCAUCGAGCAAGACAAGGGACUCAUUCACUAUUUCUUAUCAACAACCAGAUAUGGGACAUCCCUUUGGUCUGUUUGUACCAACUAUCCUGCUUCUAUAUUCUCUCAACUCCUUGUGCACCUCCAGCUCCUCGCUGGCAGAAGAAGCUGGACAGUCCUUGAGUUAUUCUAAGCACUGCUCCGCAGCAAGUAAAACACCAGCAUGCUAUCAGUUGUUUUCAACCCAAGUCCAAAACACAGCAAUAUAUGAGCCCCUAUGGAAGAAAAGUAACUGUUCUAUCCAAAACCAAGACAGCUAGAUUGGAUUUCUCCUGCCCUCCCCCCCCCCCACACACCUUUUGUAGGAAUGAAGUAAAA